CCCUCUUACCCUCCCCUUUUCUUCGCUGGGCCAUGGUCAACUGAGCCUGUGACGACGUCUAUUCAACUCUAAAUUUACACACCAUUAUUUGCACCCGCGUUAGUGACUGAAAAUACAACCACAGCUGAAUCUGUGGCUGAUGUGAACUGAAAGGCGAUAGGCGUUUGGACGAGCAGAGAAACCACAUGAAGCUGUGUUGUGUGAGAAGAGAGUUGGUUUACAGAAGAGCCGAGAAUGGACCACCUCCACCAGCAUCAUGGGAGCCCCAAGGAUUCAGCAGCAACACAUCAGGACUAAAGUUUAGGAAAACCCCAAGAUACAGUUUUCUUGUUUCAGAUGCGGUGAUGGUUCACAGUAGAAACCAGGACAUGUGGCUUCAGCUACAACCCCCAACUUCACUCACCAGUCUUUGACUCUGGAUCAUCGGACCCCCCUGCCCCCCCCUCACCCCCCGCCCCCCCUGCAGUGGAGGCCUGCCUCCUUGGCUCCAGCUGGAAUGGAGCAGUGCAUCCUGCUGUUCCUCACUGUGCUUUUUCUGAGUCCGGGUCAGACCAGUCGCACUCCCAGAGUCUCCUUUCUCAUGGGUAGUCCUGGGAGACCACUCACCUGGUUCACCAACAGUGAUGUGAGCAACACCACCACCCUCCUGCUGAGUGAGGAUGGAGACACCCUGUACGUGGGAGCCCGGGACGCUGUGUUAGCCCUGGACGUUAGCCAUCAGGAGGAGAUUCUACUGCACAACAAGCUUGACUGGAGCCCUUCAGAAAAAGACCGUGAACAAUGCUCCAUGAAAGGCAAGAAAAUGGCCGAUUGCCCCAACUUCAUUCGCGUCCUUCAGUUCUUGAACAGAACCCAUAUCUACGCUUGUGGAACAUUUGCCUUCAGUCCUCGCUGCACAUACAUCAACUCAGAGACGUUAACAAUGAGCGUAAAACCUGAUGAAGGAAGAGGCCGCUGCCCAUAUGACCCAUAUCAGCGCAACACUGCCGUUGUUGUGGACGGUGAGCUGUACACGGGCACUGUGGCUGACUACAGGGGGAACCGGCCCGUCAUUUCCAGGCACCUGAGUGAAGGCAGUCGUGUUGAUCUGAAGUUAGACGACACAUUAGGAUGGUUGGAAGAUCCAGUUUUCAUCAGCUCCACCUUUAUUCCUGAUGAGGAGAAGAUCUAUUUCUUCUUCAGUGAAGUGGGCAGAGAGUACGACUUCAUCGACAAGUUUAUUGUCUCUCGUGUCUCUCAGGUCUGCAUGAGUGAUGUUGGUGGCCAGAGGACCUUGCAGCGACGCUGGACCACGUUUGCCAAAGCUCAGCUCCUGUGUCAGGCUGACAGCGAACUGCCCUACAACGUCAUCCAGGACAUAGACAGCCUUCCACCAGCAGAGGGUGCUCCUGACCAGGACACACUGUUCUAUGGCAUCUUCACAUCUCAGUGGUCGGUGAACUCUGGACAGUCGGCCGUGUGUUCCUUUCGUCUUGCUGAUAUCAAAUCAGUUUUCUCUGGAAACUAUAAAGUCCUGAACCGGGACACAUUACAGUGGAGCUCACGGGUUCAAGAGAAGGUGGCAAAUCCAGGAGAGUGUGGGUUACACAAUGCGUCAGACAACGCCCUCCGCUUCGUCAAAGAAAACUUCUUGGCAGAUGAAAACGUGCGUCCAGUAGGUAGAAAGCCGACUUUGGUGUCUGCAGAACACAACUACUGUAACGUGGCCGUGCAGAGAGUUCAAGCUGCCAACAACAGAGACUACACCGUCCUGUUUCUGCUCACAGAGUCCGGUUACCUGCACAAGGUGGUGCUGCUACAGAGUGGAACCCACAUCACUGAAGAGGUCCAGGUUUUUGAGCGCCCUCAGUCUGUCAGGAGCCUGAAGCUGUCCAUAUCUAAGGGUAUGAUAUAUGUUGGCACAUCAGAGGGAGUGGUGAGGCUUCCAACUGCCAACUGCUCCUUUUAUUGGACCUGUGCCCAAUGUGUUCUGGCCCGAGACCCUUUCUGUGGGUGGGACGCUGCCAUCCGGACCUGUGUUGAAGUCAAGAACUCCCACAACAGUCUAACCCAGGACAUCGACAACGGCAACGUUGAAGAGGCCUGUAACAGUGUUUCACUGAACCCCAGGGCUAGAUUUGGGCCAAACAACCUGCCUUCGGGUGUGCUGGUGUCAGUGUCCUUAAAUGAAGUGGUCCGUCUUCACUGUCCAGCAGCGUCUCGUCUGUCCAAGCAGACGUGGGAGCGUCCCAGCAGCCGUCUGUCCUCAGACCUGUACCUGCAGCUGGACGACAGCAGCCUGACUUUUAUAGCCACUCCUGCAACACUGGGCCAUUACCUCUGUCUGUCCACUGAGAACGGCUACCAACAAACUAUGGCCAUCUAUCAGGUCAAACAGAAGAGCAGCCCCGCCCCACAAACCCCCCCCUCUCAUACACUGGUGCAGGACCACCCCACCACACCGCCGAGGCCUGGGCUGCACACAUCUGUUGAGAUGUGGCCCAAACGAACAGAAACCAUGACAACGCUGUCCAGCAGUAACAUUGGACUCACAACUCGACUACUGGGCGUAGACUUGACGACGCAGACGGACCAGUCUGGGCUGAGAGACGCUGAACUGUGGGAUGAGAAGCUCCUGGUCUCCGCUCGCGGGCCCUGCUACCUGAAGGAGCUGGUAGUUGUGUCGGUUCUGCUGGUGCUGUGCCUCAGCCUGCUGCUCACGGUGCUGCUGUACGUCCUCAGACAGCGCUGUCGGAGCCCCACGACCCCGGAGGCGGCGGCUCCGAGCAGAAACAGUGACAGACGGACCCCUGUGGAGCAGGAGGCCCUGGGGGGGGGGCAGUUCAUGACCAAACGCAGAGGACACAUCCAGCACAACGGACACCCCAGUGGGGCGGUGUGUAACGGGGCGCACACAGAGUCCAAUGGGCAUUUACCCAACAUCCCCAUCUGAAAAUGACAGAAUGACAGGGGUGGGGGGGGUCCCAGCUGCUACCAGCGUUACCGUGGUGAUCGUGGUGGAAAGUUAAUUUUUCACAGCCACUAAAACGAUGCAUGCUCUGACCCCAAAGGGAAGGCCAGUCCGUGUAUAAAUGUGGACAGUUGUGUCUCUGUACGACACCACAGACGAGUCAGUCACCUGAUCUGAACCCAACAGCUGCUUUACAGUUACUGAGACAAAACUGAAGGGAAGAAGACCAACCAACGAGCAUCAGCUGAAGGCGUCUGGAGUAAAAGAAUCUCCACAAGGAAACUCAUGACCUUCUAAUGUCCAUGGGUGACAGACUUCAGCCUGUCAUUUUAUUCAAAACAACUUUCAGAUUUAUGACAGUCAUAGUUUAUCCACAGACGUUUGAGCCACAGAGGAUCAAUGGAUUUAGUUUCAAAUGGGCUAAAGUCAGCCCACACUUCAGUCCUGUUUCAUUCAGAUCCACUGUGGUGAUGUACAGAGGCUAAACUAAAUGUGUCAUUGUCCAAAUGCAUAUGGAUCUGACUGUAUAAAAAGCAUGGGUCCAAAAUAAUCAUGUUUCCAGCGGUACAUAAACCACUCAUGACUGACACGGUACCCUCUGCAUUGGUUCCAAUACUUGAGCUGUGAUGUUUUUGAUGUUUUUAUGCACUGUUUUCACUUUCUGAAUAUAGACUUUAUUCACACAGGGGCCAUCUGUCAGUUGACACCGUCAUGGUGUGAAACUCAAAUGCUGGAACUAAAAGUCAAUCUUUUGUACUUGUCAUUUAAAUCUUUCAGUCUGACAAACUGUACAGAUAUGACUGCUACCAAAUGAUCUGUAACUGAAAAGAAAAUACAGAGAAACAUCUGUCACACAACAGCCUCACUGAUAUGUUUUCUAUGUGACACAACUGGAGAGACAUACAUGAAUUAUGAAGUCGGUGUACAUUUAUUUAAGCCAAGAAAUAAAACACUGGAUGCAUUCAAGCAUAUUUGGUAUUUCCAUAACAUUAUGUGACAUUAAACUCAUUGAAAACACUUUCCUUUGGUUUGACCAAAACAGCAAAUACAAACCCUUGACUGGUGAAGCUUCCAC